AUGAAACUAUUUGCCACUGAAAAUGGUGUGCCAUUUUAUCCUAUAAAUAUGGGUAUGGAGACUGACGAGGAUGUGUCGCGCUGCAAUAUGCUGGAUAACUUGCCACCCAUCAGUUGCGAGCCAUCAUUAGAAAACGAUCUAGGAAGUGGUUCUAAUGACAUCGGUGACAUGACCUUUUGUAUGGGGAACUACGUUAGUGAUUUCAUGAAGAUGAUGUUCACAAUGCGCUCGCACCAUAUGCUGACAGACGUUGUGCUGGAGGUGGGUAACGAGCUUUUCCAUGUACAUAAAGUUGUGCUAGCUGCAGGGAGCCCCUAUUUUAAAGCUAUGUUCACGAGCGGCCUAAAAGAGUGUGAAAUGUCACGAGUGCGUCUUCAAGGCGUUUGUCCUUCGGCAAUUGCGUGGCUCGUAUACUUCCUGUACACUGGCAAGAUUAGGGUCACCGAAAUAACUGUCUGUCAGCUUUUACCUGCCGCUACCAUGUUCCAAAUAUCGAACGUGAUAGACGCCUGCUGCGCGUUUCUAGAACGACAGUUGGACCCGUCAAACGCCAUCGGCAUAGCCAAUUUUGCGGAACAGCACUGUUGCAUGGAUCUCAAGAAGAAAGCCAACCAGUUCAUUGAGAGACAUUUUACACAGGUGUGCCAAGAGGAGGAGUUCUUGCAAUUGACGCCGCAGGAAUUGAUUUGCUUGAUUAGAAAAGACGAACUUAACGUGAGAGAAGAAAGAGAAGUCUACCAAGCAGUAUUGAAUUGGGUGAAAUUCGAUGAAGACCGACGUCACCCGCGCAUGGAGCACAUCUUGCAAGCCGUACGAUGCCAGUAUUUGACGCCGAGUUUCCUCAAAGAACAAAUGAGCACGUGUACAGUUCUAAAGAAAGUUCCCGCUUGCAGAGAAUACCUCGCCAAGAUAUUUAAGGAUCUCACAUUACACAAGAAGCCGGUAGUGAAGGAACGAAGACCGAACACUCCUCGUAUCAUCUACGUCGCGGGAGGUUACUUCAGGCAUUCCAUAGAUUUGUUCGAAGCUUUCAACCUUGAUGACAACAGUUGGACUACCUUACCAAGAUUAACGGUGCCUAGAUCUGGAUUAGGCGCUGUAUUUCUUAAGGGUUUAUUCUAUGCAGUGGGAGGCCGGAACACUUCACCGGGUUCUUCAUACGACAGUGAUUGGGUAGAUGUAUACAACCCUGCAACUGAACACUGGCGACCCUGCAGUCCUAUGUCCACGCCUAGGCAUAGGUUAGGGGUCGCAGUAAUGGAUGGUUUACUGUACGCAGUCGGUGGUUCAGCAGGCUCGGAAUAUCACAAAACAGUAGAAUGUUACGAUACCGAGCGUGACACGUGGACGUCGAUAGCGUCGAUGGGAUGCGCCCGACUGGGCGUGGGCGUCGCAGUCGUCAACCGACUGCUGUACGCGGUGGGAGGGUUCGAUGGCGCCAGGCGGAUAGCUUCUGUCGAGUGCUACCAUCCUGAGAACAACUGCUGGAACGAAGUCGCGCCUAUGAACAUUGCAAGAAGUGGGGCAGGUGUGGCAGCAAUGAACCAAUACAUCUACGUAGUGGGCGGGUACGACGGGUCCCAGCAGCUCGCGUCGGUGGAGCGGUACGACACAGAGCGCAACACGUGGGAGCACGUGGCGCCCGUGCAGACCGCGCGCUCCGCGCUCUCGCUCACCGUGCUCGACAACAAGCUGUACGCCCUGGGCGGUUACGACGGCACGUCCUUCCUGGACAUAGUGGAGGUGUACGAGCCCGCGAGUGACACGUGGUCGCCGGGCCCGUCGCUGCAGUCGGCGCGCUCGGGACACGCGUCGGCGGUGUGCUACCAGCACUGCGCGCCUCUGGCCGAGCUGGGCGAGCCGGCGCCGCCCGCCACACUCCGCAAGCUCGGCAAGCGCCCCGCCGCCGCACCCGCGCCCUCCGCCUCCGCGCCCAGGACCGACGACAUCCCCACGGCCAACAACAUCAUAGGCACCUUGUCCAAUCCCCGUUCUCCCGGUGAUUUCCUGUAA